AUGGGCAAGGACAAGCGGGCCGACAAGGCACAGGGCCGCCCGCACAAGGGGCGCGCGGGCGCCGCACGGACGGAUGAGCGGUUCCGAGCGAUGCACACGGACCCGCGCUUCAAGCGCUUCCCGAAGCCCAAGGAGCAGAAGACGGAGAUCGACGAGCGCUUCAAAGAGAUGUUUGAGAACGAGGACUUUGAGAUCGGCAGCAAGCGCGACAAGAGGGGGCGGGUCGCGGCGGGCGGCAAGGGGAAGGAGGCGAAGAAGUACUACCGGCUCAAGGGAGACGACGACGAGGAGGCGGUCAGGAGCGCGAAGCUCGCCAGCGAGAGCGAGCGGAGCGACAGCGAGCCGCGGAGCGACGCCAGCACGGGCUCGGAGGACUCGGAGACGGCGCGGAGGUGGGCGCGGAUGCGGGGGCUGGGCCCGGAGGUGGCGUCGUCGUCCUCGGACGAGGAGGAGGACGCGCCGGCGCUCGACGAGGACCCCGCGGCGGCGCGCAUGCCCGAGUACGCGGCGGACGACGAGGAGGCGGGGCGGCGGUACGUGGAGAUGGUGGGCGGGGCGGAGACGUGGGGCGUGGGGGUGUACGCCAUCAACAAGGAGAUGGAGGAGGUGCCGCUGGUGGACGAGACGCGGCGGCUGGCGCUGGUGGACCUGGACUGGACGCGGCUGCGCGCGGUGGACCUCCUCGUGGCGCUGCGGUCGUUCCUCCCGCCCGGGGGGCGCUGCGACAGCGUCGUGGUGUACGUGUCGGACUACGGGCGGGAGCGCAUGGCGGAGGAGGUCGCGCGGGGGCCCAAGGGGGUGUUCAGGGACGCGGGGGGCGCGGCGGAGGGCGCGGACGAGGAGAAGGAGGGCGACGGAGAGCGCGGCGUGCCCGAGGACUCGUCGGACGAGGAGGCGGGCGAGGAGGAGGAGGCUGGCGAGGCGGGUGCGGUGAAGGACCCCGAGGUGCUGAACGAGCGGAUCCGCGCGUACGAGAAGUCGAAGAUGCGGUGGUACUACGGGAUCGCGACGUUCGACUCGGCGCGGUCGGCGGCGGCGGUGUACGCGGAGUGCGACGGGAUGGAGUUUGAGCUGACGGGCAACGUGUUCGACCUGCGGUACGUGGCGGACGAGCAGGACUUCGAGGGGCGCGAGGUGCGGGACGCGGCGACGUCGGUGCCCGCGGACUACGAGCCGCCCCACUUCCACUCGACGGCGCUCGGGAGCUCCAAGGUGCGGCUGACGUGGGACGAGGGCGACCACGAGCGCAAGAAGGUGCUCUCGCGGAAGCUGACGGGCGACCAGGUCAAGGAGGAGGAGUUCGCCGCGUACCUCGCGAGCGGGACGUCCGACGAGGACGAGGCCGACGAGCGGGACGACCCCGCCGCGCUCCGGGAGCGGUACCGCGCCAUGCUGCUGGGCAAGGGCGGCGGCGCGGGCGGCGGCGCGGGCGGCGGCGCGGGCGGCGGAGACGAGGCCGGGGGCGCGCAGGAGGAGCCCGGCGCGAUGACGGUGACCUUCGACAGCGGGCUGGAGACGCUCGGGCAGCGGCUGCGCGACAAGAAGAAGCGCGGGGAGGAGACGGUGUGGGACCAGUACCUGCGGAAGAAGAAGGAGGCGAAGGAGAAGAAGAAGCAGCUGCGGCGCGCGCGCGGGGACGACAGCGACGCGGACACCGACGGCGGGGGGUCGUCCGCGGAGGACGACGGCCUGGAGCCCGACGGGGACGCGUUCUUUGAGAAGGGCGAGGACGGGAGGGACGCGUUUGACGACGCGUUCUUCAACGAGGACGUGGACAUGGAGGCGGCGCUGGCGGCGGAGGGGCUGGACGGGCGAGGGGCCGCUGGGGAGAAGAAGAAGGGCAAGGGGGGGAAGAAGGCGGGGAGGGCGGCGGAGGGCGAGGAGGACAAGCGGCGGCGGGCGGAGCUGGAGAUGCUGAUGAUGGACGACGCGGAGCUGCGCGCGGGGGCGCGCGGGGGCGCGCGCGAGGACGCGGGGGGCGGGGACGCGCGCGGGAAGAAGGAGCGCAAGCGGCGGAAGAGCGCGAAGGAGCGGCGCGCAGAGGAGAUGUCGGACGACGACGACCUCGCGCGCGGCGGGGGCGCGUUCCAGCCGGACCUGGACGACCCGCGGUUCGCCGCGCUGUUCACGUCGCACGACUUCGCGGUGGACCCCACGGACCCGCGGUUCCGCCAGUCGGACGGCGCGAAGCGGGUGCUCAAGGAGACGAUGCGGCGGCGGGACCAGGCCGUGCGCGACGGGCGGAUCUCCACGGAGCGCAGCGGGCCCGCGGCGGCCGCGGCGCCGGCGACGGACGCGGGCGACAGGGCGCUCGAGACGGCGCAGCUGCGGGCGAUGGUCGCCAAGAUGAAGCGCCGCGCGGGGGGCGGCGGGGCGGAGGGCGGCGCGGAGAAGACGAAGAAGAGGAAGAAGAGCCGCGGCGUGUGA